AUCCACCACCACUCAGCCCACUACAGCAGCAGUUACAGCGCCCCGGACAAAGGUCAGCCCACCAGAGACAUCCACCACUCAGCCCACUACAGCAGCAGUUACAGCGCCCCGGACAAAGGUCAACCCACCAGAUCCACCACCACUCAGCCCACUACAGCAACAGUUACAGCGCCCCGGACAAAGGUCAGCCCACCAGAUCCACCACCACUCAGCCCACUACAGCAACAGUUACAGCGCCCCGGACAAAGGUCAGCCCACCAGAUCCACCACCACCACUCAGCCCACUACAGCAACAGUUACAGCGCCCCGGACAAAGGUCAGCCCACCAGAUCCACACACACUCAGCCCACUACAGCAGCAGUUACAGCGCCCCGGACAAAGGUCAGCCCACCAGAGACAUCCACCACUCAGCCCACUACAGCAGCAGUUACAGCGCCCCGGACAAAGGUCAGCCCACCAGAUCCACCACCACUCAGCCCACUACAGCAACAGUUACAGCGCCCCGGACAAAGGUCAGCCCACCAGAUCCACCACCACUCAGCCCACUACAGCAACAGUUACAGCGCCCCGGACAAAGGUCAGCCCACCAGAUCCACCACCACUCAGCCCACUACAGCAACAGUUACAGCGCCCCGGACAAAGGUCAGCCCACCAGAUCCACCACCACUCAGCCCACUACAGCAGCAGUUACAGCGCCCCGGACAAAGGUCAGCCCACCAGAGACAUCCACCACUCAGCCCACUACAGCAGCAGUUACAGCGCCCCGGACAAAGGUCAACCCCCACCAGAUCAACACCACCACUCAGCCCACUACAGCAACAGUUACAGCGCCCCGGACAAAGGUCAGCCCACCAGAUCCACCAUCACUCAGCCCACUACAGCAACAGUUACAGCGCCCGGACAAAGGUCAGCCCCACCAGAGACAUCCACCACUCAGCCCACUACAGCAGCAGUUACAGCGCCCCGGACAAAGGUCAGCCCACCAGAGACAUCCACCACUCAGCCCACUACAGCAACAGUUACAGCGCCCCGAACAAAGGUCAGCCCACCAGAGACAUCCACCACUCAGCCCACUACAGCAGCAGUUACGGCGCCCCGGACAAAGGUCAGCCCACCAGAGACAUCACCCACUCAGCCCACUACAGCAGCAGUUACAGCGCCCCGGACAAAGGUCAGCCCACCAGAGACAGCCACCACUCAGCCCACUACAGCAGCAGUUACAGCGCCCCGCACAAAGGUCAGCCCACCAGAGACAUCCACCACUCAGCCCACUACAGCAGCAGUUACAGCGCCCCGGACAAAGGUCAGCCCACUACAGCAGCAGUUACAGCGCCCCGGACAAAGGAAAAUGAAGGCUGGGUAGACUGUGUUUUCCUAGACUGUCAUAAGGCAUUUGACACUGUUCCUAAUGAAAGGCUGUUGGACAAGAUGGAGAACCAGCCUCCUCCAAAGGAUACCUGA